UGGAAUCCCACGUGUUCUCUACGUCAAAAUGGCGAUAAUUGGCAGAUCGAUCCUUCGUGCUCUCCAAGCCAAAUUGACAAAUUCUGUUAGAAAUAUUAGCAAAUUUAGUCAUAAUAAAGUAAAAUAUUAUAAUACUAAUUCAUUGUCAGCAGUAAUUGUGGCAGGAGGAACGAUAGCCAUAUACACAGCAUAUCAGUGCGUUGCAAGUAAAAGUGUUCUGGCUUAUCAACCGAAAAAUGCCGAAGAAGGAGUACGUGCAGUCAGACUUACCUCAAGAGAACGCCGAUUUAUCAGAUUUGCGUCUGUUGAAUUUGAUGGUCAACUUUACAUGACACCCCAAGAUUUCCUCGAGUCGGUGGUAGAAGCAGACCCGCGACCUCGACUUAAAAGGAAAAUGUUAACUACUUCAGACAUGGAAUAUAUGAAAGGGCACACACCCAGUUUAAACCAAGGCUCUCCCAGGCUAUUUAGAAAUUUAAGAGAUAAAGGAAUUAUCUCCUACACGGAGUACCUGUUUCUAUUAUCUGUCUUAACAAAGCCUCAAUCCGGAUUUCGAAUCGCGUUUAAUAUGUUCGAUACCGAUGGUAAUCAAAGAGUGGAUAAGAACGAAUUUCUCGUCGUACGUAAACUAUUAUCCGGAAAGCACAAGGACCAUGAAACCAUGGAAAAGAUCUUCAGUCACGCGUGGAAAGGUAAAAGAGGAUUGGCGAUAGCGGAAGAUCUGACCAAAAUUAAAGUUCCGUCGGAAGAAUACGUUGACGACGAGCAAGGUUUACAAAGACGCCACGCUGUUGAUACGACCCUUAUCAUACAUUUCUUCGGGCCUAAGGGAAACGAAGAGUUGAAGUUUGAAGGAUUUCGUCGUUUCAUGCUCGAUUUACAAACGGAAGUUUUGGAAUUGGAAUUCAGCGAAUUUUCUAAAGGCCUGCAAACAAUUUCAGAAGUUGAUUUUGCCAAAAUAUUGCUACGUUACACCUAUCUGGACACCGACGAGUAUGAUAUGUAUUUGGAUCGGCUUUUGGACAGAAUAAAAGACACCAAAGGAAUUACUUUUGAGGAAUUCUAUAUUUUUUGCCAAUUUUUAAACAAUUUGGAAGACUUCACCAUCGCAAUGCGCAUGUACACUUUAGCAGAUCAUCCCAUCUCUAAAGAUGAAUUUCAUCGAGCCGUCAAAAUCUGUACUGGUACAAGUUUAAGUCAGCAUAUCGUCCACACAGUCUUCUCAAUUUUUGAUGAAGAUGGCGAUGGCUUAUUAAGCUAUCGCGAAUUCAUUGCCAUUAUGAAAGACCGCCUACAUCGCGGAUUUAGGUCGUACGCCAAAAAUGAGGGAUGGGAUGCAUUCCGAAACUGCCUAAAACAAGAAAUGAAGUCUCCUACAUAAACUUCACAUGAUCAAGGAAUAUGGUUGUGCUUUAACACGUUGUGAUAUUUUUUAAUUACUUUUGUUCCUUUGUAAACUAUUAACUAACUAUACGCCCGAAUAUUUAUUUCGUAUUUAUAUAUAACUAAUUAUUUAUCGAUUAUUACGGGUUGUUUUAUCUAGUCAAAGCUGUAUCGAGUUGUUGAGUUACGGUUUACUUCCAUGCUGAAUUUUAUUGUAGAUAUUUAUUUGCAUAAAAAUAUAACAAAUUCCGUUUUGA